AUGUCACAAAAAGACAGUGAUUCAUCUAAUGUAAUAUUAUGUGAACGAUUUAACAAACAUUUACGAGUUUCACAACGAAUGAAAGGCGAUAAAGUUGUACACAGACCAAACAUUGUGAAAAAGGUUGUUUUAUCAAAACAAAUCAAUCCAGCAUCUAAAUAUAGCAAAAGUUUUUCAACAGGUGUCAUUUCCAACACUAAAACUAAUGUAAAGACUUUCAAAAGUACCAAAUCGGACUGUAUGUUCACUGUAUCGCAAGCAAAGUUUGAUUAUUGCAAAAAUUGUGGUGACUGCAAAGGACUAGCAGAUAGGGUUGAAAAAUCAGAUGAUCUUUGUAAUAAAACCGUUAAUUCUAAAAAGACGAAACGUGAAGGACAGACAAGUGUUCAGCAGCAUUACUUAAAUAAGAACUUUCAUCAAUCCACAGAAUCUAUAACCAACUGUAUACCCAAAAAGGUGUCAUUAGAUACUAUAAAGGAACAGCCUGAAAGUAAUAACUCAUCUGAUGAUAUAUUCAGAAUUUAUGAUGACUGUUCAACAGAAGAAAUAGGUUUCUUCAACACAGAUGACCAAGACAACAUUAAUAUCUUAAAAAACUUUAGAAAUACAAACUUUUUUGAAUGCCAUUCGGCAAAAUCAAGAAUACAUAGUAUUACCAAUAAAGAGAAACAUAAGUGUAUUUAUAGAUUUUAUUUAAAUGAAAGAUUGUUCCCUGUGCCUUUUAAUACAGAUUUUAACGAGAACAUAAGAUGUAUGGAGUGCAAUUUGCCAUUAAAAGAUGAAAAGGAUCUGACUACAAAUGGAAUGAUUCAGGCUAAAGUAAAACUUAAUAAUGAGGUGCAGGACAUGAUUUUGAUGUUACCAGUUAAAAAACAUUUAAUCAUUAAAGAAAGAAAAAUGAUAAAAUGUAAGCAGGACAUAGACUCUGUCUAUUUUGGAAUAAUAAAGCUGGAUUUAAAUGGCGAUUCAAUGUUUAAUAGAACACUUCCAGGUGAUUCUUUAGCCUUAAAAUACCAGAAAGGCUACAGGCAGUAUGCAGAUGCUCCAAACUAUGAUUAUACAAACACUAAUAAUGAUGAUGUUAUUAUAAUAUAA